GCAAGCCGUCUUCCUACCGUCCCUUCACAUUUAUUUGACUCCACAUCACAUCCUCACAAACAAUGCGUUUCUCAUUCGUCCUCGCCGUUCUUGCUGCUUUGACAACGUCAAUUUCUGCCAGUCCCAUUGACAGCCGCAGUGAUGCUGACAGCAACAAAAAAUUUUGUCCCACAUAUUGCAAAUGGUUAGACUGCUGCGCUGGCAUGCACUGCACAUCGGAGGCUGACAUUUGGUUUCUUGCUGAGUUUAUCAACGUGCUUGCUUCUGAACAAACUGCUCUGCUUGAGCAAUGGAAAUAUUGGGAUAAAGAAAAUCUCAAACACUCGAAUACAUAGGACGGAAUUUUGUAGUCUCGUUGUGUGCUUGAACAUAAAGGCCAGUGACGACACCACGACUCCUCCCGUCAUAGGUUUACUGGGCCCCAUGGAUGCAUUUUUGGUCUCCACUGUUCUCACGACCCCACUAGAUGGUGGUAUAUAUGGAAAAUCGUCGUUGUCGAUUUGAAAAAGCUCAAGGACCAGAAACGGCACUUGUGGGAGUAGGUAAUGACUCGGAUCUGAUAGAACUGUUAGAUUUGAUGUACGUCGUCACGGAAGUUCUACUUAGCCAGAGCAUGAUAUUCAUUCGCUGGCCUUCACUCUUUUCGCCGAUGGAUUCAUCGUGAGGUAUUGGGCUCUCCGCGAUGCAGAUAUCCGUCGAG